CGUUGUUAGCGCAGAUUGCAGCUGUCAAGGUGGCCCCGAGACUCCGUCACCCCUGCUGUACAGCAAAUCCAAGGGGCCAAGCGGCCCCCGUGUGCGCAUGUUUUCAUAGGGGGAACACGGGGUUGAAGAUCAGGACACAGUGGACCGGGGGGAAGCUCCAUGCAAUCCAGGAGCUCCGCCCCCCUCCAAGCACCCCCCAAAGGGCAAAGGGCCCGCCUAUCCUGUCUCUCGGUGCUGCUCACCACCGGGCACUUUUACACUUCUUUCAGGUCCCGCGUUUCCCAGGGCGCACCUCAGACUUGGGACGAAGACGAGGCACGAUCCGUCUCCCUUCUCUCUGUCCCUGUUUUUAGGUUCUGUCUUCUUGAACCAUCCCGUCUGCAUUCUUUACAGGUGCAGAGCCGCAAUGGUAUUGUACCAGACAUCAUCAACGUCCGCUGUCCAGAAUGGGUGAUACAGGAGCCACGGGAGUUUGGCCAAGAGAUGCCGCUUCCUGGGCCUCGAUACCAACUGAAUUCCUCCUCGCCGAACUAUCCAAGCGACAUGGACCUCCAGUCACGAAUGCCGAAGCUGCUGCGGCAGAGGCAACAAAGCCACAAUGCGGUUCAUCAAGAAAGGAGUCCUACGAUACCGCGCUGCAUAUUGGCGCGCUGAUCUUGAUAUUAGCGCUGAGUACAAUCUCAUGCGGAAUCCCAUUACUCCCCAGGAGAACCUCCAAAGGCCGACCUCAAAGCAUAAUAUUAUUCUACUGCCAGCACUUCGGCACCGGCGUCCUCCUCGCAACGUCCUUCGUUCACCUUCUCCCAACCGCCUUCACCUCGCUCACCGACCCGUGUCUCCCGUUCGUCUUCAACAAGGGCUAUCCCCAGAUGGCAGGCCUGAUAGCCAUGGUAGCAGCACUCUCCGUCGUCGCGCUCGAGUCCUACCUAGCAACCCGCGGGGCCGGUCACUCCCACUCCCAUUCACACGAGUACGAGUACUGGGAUGACGAAGAAGGCAGCGGUCAUUCCCCAGCAAACGCGCAUGCCGCGGGAAGCUUGGCAUCGCACAGACACGGCUCUCACCGGCCGGAAGAUAUCAACCUCGAUAACAUGGAUUCUACUCAGGGGCUGAUGGCCGGCGCGUCGCCUUUACCGAGCUCGACGCCAACGCGUGCGAAAGCGAAUGAUAGCCUCGCCAACGGUCGAGAUAGCUUUGACGACGACGAAUCGGAUAUUGACCUCGACGUCAAUGAGCUGCACCCGACCCCCGCCGACGAACCCAGACGCCGGAGCUCACCUGGCAUCCGCCCAAAGAUUACAGUUACCCCCGGCGCACCCCAAAUCGUCACGGAAGAGGAGCAGAGCAAGCUCCUUCGCCAAUGUCUGCUACUAGAAGGAGGCAUUCUCUUCCAUAGCGUCUUUAUCGGCAUGGCUAUCUCAGUCGCAACGGGCCCUACCUUUAUCGUGUUCCUCAUCGCCAUCAGCUUCCACCAGACAUUCGAAGGGCUCGCUCUCGGCAGCCGAAUCGCCGCCAUCCAAUUGCCGCGGUCAUCGGCGCGGCCAUGGCUCAUGGUUCUCGCGUUCGGAGGCACGACGCCGCUCGGUCAGCUCAUUGGUCUCAUCGUGCAUAAUCUGUAUGAUCCCAUGAGCCAGACCGGGUUGCUUAUGGUUGGGUUCAUGAACGCUAUCUCGGCUGGGUUGCUCCUCUUUGCUGGACUGGUCCAGCUGCUAGCCGAAGAUUUCUUGUCCGAGAAGAGCUACAAGAUUCUGCAGGGACGGAAACGGCUUAAUGCCUACAUGGCUGUGAUUGGCGGAGCAUCACUCAUGGCCAUUGUGGGAGCGUUUGCCUAGAACAGAUGGGCGUACUACAGCGAAAUAUCAUCACAGCAAUACUGCUAAUACACUGUUUUUGACCAACACAACAAGCCAAGGAAGGUUAUGAGACUUGCCGGUGACUUACAUUUAGCUCGGCCCCCACUAUACAGCAACACACAUAACCAAAAGCAAGGAAGAGCACACAAGAUCAUCCCUCCAAUACGAGCAAAAGGCAAAAGUUUAACCCGGGGAAUGGCUUUGCCAUUCGCGGUGAGGAUUUGAGCCUCACGCGGGGGUCGAACCCGCAACCUUGAGAUUAAGAGUCUCACGCUCUACCGAUUGAGCUAGCAAGGCGGGU